AUGUCGCCCGCACAUAUCAGAACGCCAAGGCCAACACCGCCAGCAUCACCAAAACCACUUGAACAUCGACUCAUCAUACCAUCACCCGAACCACAAACUCCCGCCCCACUCAUCAUCUGCUUCCACGGCUCCGGCGAUACUUGUCGGAACUCAUGGCGACCACUGGUCAAGACACUAUCGCAGACUCAUCGAGUGCUGAUGUUCGAACGCUCUCCACAUGGCGAUGCCGAAUCCGAAACACACGAACUCUCAGCCUAUUUAGCCAGAGAGCGCCUACCUGGACCAUAUAUCCUGAUUGCACACAGCCACGGAGGUGCCUUCGCACGCUGCUUCCUCCACUCUCACCCUACCGAUGUGGCCGGCAUGGUCAUGGUAGAAACCGGUCAAGAAGCCACUUGGGACAAGAAGGUCCAGGAGAAGCAGGAAGAGCAUCACGAGCUCGGCCACCGACCAAUCAUUGUGAUCAAGGGGCGCUCGAUGCUGCGGAAAUGGAAGCAACUGGAGGAGCAACGCGCUGAGAUCAAACGACGGAGGGAACGCGGCGAGAUUGUGAGGGAAGCUGAAACUGCUAUGAUCAUGAUUCAGGAGGCUGAGAUACAGAAGUGGGAAGAGAUGGACGAGAAGCUCAAGCGGCGGCAGUUGAAGUUGAGCAAGAAGCACAAGUUCGUGGAGCUGACGGAUGUGGGUCAUCAUGUCAUUCGCGAUAAGCCAGAAGCGGUCGUUGAGGGAGUGGAAUGGGUGAUGGAAAAUCAACCAAGUGGGAGCGGGCUCGCGACACCUGAUAGCCGGCGAAGUAGUAUUGACCAGCCACAGCAAAGCCGUAGUGGUAGCGUUGGCGGUGGGUGGUUGAGGAAGGUCAGUGUGGCGCUGAGGGGUGGGAGUAAGGGGGAGAGUCGAGCAGGAGUAAGAGCCGGUAGUGUAUGA